CGAUAAUAAUCGAAAUUUUGACACCGUGUAUUAGGAGUUACCCACCAAGCCAUUUUCAAGCUUUGGGAAUAAUUCAAAAACGAGGAAUUUGGGUUUCUUAUGAUUUGGAGGCUUUAUCAUAGUAACCAUUGAUUCAUCCAAGAAAUCAAUGUUGAAAUUCUUUUUUUAUUAAAAAAUGUCUACCCUCGACUUGAAAUUAGAUGAAGACUUUCUGUUCAUACUCAACUUUGCCCGCAAUAAUAUGCACCUGUUCCAGAACCGACCGGGUGAGCAGGCCCUUAUUGAGUCCUGGUUUGAAAAACUCUGUCUGCAAGAUUACCGCGGAACGGAUGCUAAACGGAUACGUAACCUGUACCUGGUGAAAUUGGUGACUUGCAUUCAGUCGGGUGUUCUGCUGGAUCCGUUUCUAACAAAACCUGCCGAUGGACCGCUGGAACCGCUUCCACAAACAAUCGCGCCCUCAAACAUGGAUGAACCACCCUGGUUGAAGGAAUUCGAAGAAACGGCUUCGGCAAUGACAACCGGUACUGCAAAGGAUUUUUCCAGUUACGUGUGUUCCCGGCACCUUGAAAACGGAAGAGGCGUUUGCUUGUAUCUAGCCGUUUCGGUUGCCGACGAGGGUGAACAACCGAAAUGGUUUGAAAUGGGUAGCGGAAGGCCACUUCUACUAUCGGAAUUCGAUAAAGAAAUCGACGAAGCGUACCAGAAGCUGAUGUCACGGGAGAAUCAGGACUCCGAUGAGUUCAUAGAAUUUGCUGAAGAACUGGUGCUGGCCAUUCAAGAAGAGCUAGUCGGACUGGCAGCCCCCGGUGAUAAUAUGUACCUGGAGGAUCUGAUUACGGGAUUUUGUGCGAACAUUGCCGACAAAUCGAUGGGACGCGAGCUGCAGAAAUACGGCGAAAAACAGAAGCGAGCUUUCCUGUUGGGGUAUCUAGACAAAAAACUGCAGCUGCAGAUUGAGGAACACAAGCAUUAGGUUUACUAGUUCAAAAUUGUUCUGUAAUCCUGUACCAAUAGUACAAAUAUAUUUGCAUAAGUUUUUAUUUUCACACCAGUUCGGGUUUAUAUUUUAUUACUAUAUAGCAAAUCUUUUGACAUGAAUUAGUAAUUGAAAUCAACUUAAUAUCGUAAAUAUU